CCUCUCUUGAUGUUGUCUCACCUCCCCUGCGAAGCUGUGAAGCUUUUAUCCUGUUUCUUUAACAAGCCGCAGCAGUUGUUUGCGUCAUUUUUUCCUGCAUUUUUAAAUAUCGAGGUGCUCUCUUCUUCUAUAUACUGUACAUCCAUCGUCAUUCCCACCAUCAUCACCAUCAUCUGUAGCCAUGUCGGACUCGGAGGAUAUGACGGAGUUCGCCAGAAUCGUGGAGCGGAUCGAGAGGGGCGAGGUCCCGAUCAAGAACAUAGAGAGGGAGCUGAUCUGCCCAAUCUGCAAGGAGCUCUUCACCCAUCCGCUGAUCCUGCCCUGCCAGCACAGCGUCUGCCACAAAUGUGUGAGAGAGCUGCUCAUGUUGAACCACGAGGACUCUUUUGAUGCCGGUUCUGAGUGCUCCCUACCGGGCAGCCCCAGGUCCAGGGUGCCAUCCCCCUCCAUGGAGAGGCUGGACAGGCUUGUGAGAUCAGCCACAGUGCGAAGGUCGUUUGGAAGUCGAGGUAGACGCGGGCUCCGUGUUUUGAGUAGCUGUAGUAGUUCCAUCUCCUCUCCGGGGUGGCGUAGAGGAUCUGUGACUCCCCGGGUCACCACCAUCCCGUGCCCAGGCUGCCAGCAUGACAUAGAUCUGGGCGAACGCGGCAUCAGCAUGUUGUUCCGAAACUUCACCCUGGAGAGCAUCGUGGAGCGCUACCGGCAGGCUGCCCGCGCAGCCGUCGCCAUCAUGUGCAACAUCUGCAAGCCUCCACAGCAGGAGGCAACAAAAAGCUGCAUGGACUGCAAGGCGAGCUACUGCAACGAGUGUUUCAAGCUGCACCACCCCUGGGGCACACCCAAAGCCCAGCACGAGUAUGUUGGUCCCACUACGAAUUUUAGGCCCAAGGUUCUCAUGUGCCCAGAGCACGAGAUGGAGAAGGUGAACAUGUACUGUGAGGUCUGCAGGCGUCCUGUGUGUCACUUGUGCAAGCUUGGAGGAUCCCAUGCUAACCACAAAGUCACCUCCAUGAGCAGUGCAUACAAGAUCCUGAAGGAGAAGCUGGCCAAGAGUAUCCAUUACCUCAUCAGCAAAGAGGACCAGGUCAGGACUCAGAUUACUGAGCUUGAGGUGCUCAUCAAUAAGACUGAGGAAAAUGGCCAGCUAGCAGAGCGUCAAGCCAACGAGCACUUUGAGCGUCUGUUUGAGACUCUGCAAGAGAGAAAAUCUGAGAUGCUGAGGUCAAUCGAGCAGUCUCGUAACCGUCGCAUGGAGCAGCUCAGAGGCCAGGUUGAGGAGUACCAAGGUAUGCUCGAGAACAGUGGGUUGGUGGGCUACGCUCAGGAGGUGCUGAAGGAAACCGAUCAAUCCUGUUUUGUGCAGACUGCGAAGCAGCUGCAUGUCAGGAUCCAGAAAGCCACAGAGUCUCUGAGGACCUUUCACCCUGCAGCUGACCCCUGCUUUGAUGAGUUUGUCCUGGACACGUCCAGAGAAGAAAUGCUGCUUAAAGAGAUGUGCUUUGGUGGAGUUCCAGACCCACCUCUGAUUGACCUGUCCAAUAGCAGAGUCUAUAAUGAGGCCUCAAUCUGCUGGAGGCUCUCUGAUGACCACCUACCUACUGAUCACCACAUGCUUGAGUACCGCAGACUUGGAGGCCCAGGUCAGUCCCCAUCCCAGGAAGACGGUGAGGACAAUGGUGUCUGGAGGGCCACAGACAGAGUGUACGGCCCCAGCACCGUGGUGUGUGACCUGGAGCCUGACAGUCUGUACUCCUUCAGAGUUCGAAGCUGCAGGAACUCCAUGUUCAGCCCCUACAGUCCUGAGGUCACCUUCCACACGCCACCUGCACCCGUGUUUGGUUUCCUGUUCAGUGACAAGUGUGGAUUCAGCACGGAGAGGCUCAUUCUAAAUAAGAGACGGGAUACUGUGGAGAGCGUAGCCGGCAUGGCCUUCCUGCUCGCAGCCGAACGUGUGCAGACAGGCAGCUACAUCGGACUAGAUUACAUAAUUGGGGACACAGGCAUCUCUCAGGGAAGACAUUACUGGGCCUUUAAGGUGGAACCAUACUCCUACAUGGUUAAAGUUGGUGUGGCCUCCGACACAAAGCUGAUUGAAUGGUUUCACAAUCCGAGAGAUACCAGCAGCCCAAGGUAUGACCACGACAGCGGGCACGACAGCGGCAGUGAAGAUGCGUGCUAUGAGCUCUCCCAGCCCUUCACCCUCGUCACCUUGGGCAUGGGCAAACUCAUCAUCCCGAAGGCUUCUUCAUCGUCCAGCUCUUCCACAGCAAACGCACAGUCAGCUGACCCCGGCAACCGCAUGCUUCCUAUGCCCCAGCGCUUGGGCGUAUGCCUAGAUUAUGAUGCGUGCCGAGUGUAUUUUUACGACGCCGACACCAUGAGGUGCCUUUACGAGAGGCAGGUGGAUUGUUCGGGAACAAUGUAUCCGGCUUUUGGUCUCAUGGGCAGCGGCAAGGUUCAGCUGGAAGAGUUCCUAGCCAGUAAGAGACUGGCCUUCUAAGGAGUGCAUUAAGCCUGGAAUGCAUUUCAUCUUUAGCGUGUUCUGGGAAGAGCAGGUUUUAUUGACAGGGUGAUGGAAUACAAUUCAGACCAUUUUUGAAGGUCAAAUCAGGCAGAUGUGAUUAGGGCACUUGGUCCUAAUGUGGAAAUGGGAUCCCUGCCAGGGACUAGCCCUUCUUUUUUCUUUUUUCCAGUGUUGGCAUGUAUAAUGUAUUACCCACACUAAGAUAAUGACGCUGAAUAUCAGUGUCCGCAUACAGAGGUCUUCGGUAGUCGGUAUAGAUGUAAAAGGUCUUCUCUAUAUACCAAAGUCUCUGGAUCUGGUAAUUGUAUUGGACCUGGUUUUAUGAUGAACUGCUCAAACUGAGUCUUUUAACAUUAAACGCCUUCGAUCUUACUUUCCUUUUUUUUUUUUUUUCUUUUUUCAGGUUUCGGUUUAAAUAGUGUUUGUUUCAAUUAGUGGGUGGUUUGUAUUUGCUUGUUUUCUGUAACCAUUUAUGUUAUGGUAGCAGCAUAGGUGUAGAUAGUGGACCUGAGAGCCUUGUAGCUAAUUGAAGCUAGCGCCUUUGUGCCUUUUUUUUUUUUUUUUUUUUUUUUGUUUGUUUGUUUGUUUGUUUGUUUGUUUUUUAGGAAAGGGAUGAAUUAGUUCUCUCUAGCAAUGUUGACAUUAAAUACUGGAUGUGAGGAUUUAGUGUAGGUACAGUUGGAUCAGACACUGGCCUCAUAGAUAUUAGGACUUAUUUACUCUUUGUCACAAACGCUACUCCUCCUCACACUUAUGUUUAGCUGUUUUUGCACAAUAAAAUGAGUCUUGCACAAUAAAUUUUAGUCUUCACAGCUGGAUCACUACUUAGUUAGCGUAAACGUUGCCGAUAUACAGCUAUCAGUACACUCACAGCUACCUUCUCUAACAGAUAUAAACCCUGGAGUAUUUACUGUGAUUUGAGACUUUUUGUUUCCUAUUGUUUUUUUGUUUUUUUUUUUUUUGCUUUCACUUCUGUUGCACAGCACAAUUUGACUUUAAACACCAUAAAACUGUCAAGGUAUCAGAACACCAGAUACUUACUGAGGUCUGUUUGACAGCUGCAAAGUCACAAAUGGCUCUUCGCCACUGACGCAGUGCCAGUUCUACUUUGGUGCUUUUGAGAACCAGCAUAAGCUUUGACAGGUUUGAUGCAAAUGUUGCAUGGCAUUACAUAAAAGUUGGGAGUCUUUUUUUCGGCCUACAUCUGUGAAUGCCUAACUUUCUUGCAGUAGUGCCUUUUGUAGCCACUUAUUAUGGAUCCAAACUUGGGGCUAGCUUUUAGGACCCAGCAGCGCUGUCUAACUCAAAGGCAUGGAGCUAGUUGUAGACUAGGCACUGCUUUGGUGGAAAUAAAGCAUAUUAGCCAAAGCUUUUUUUGGUUCUGGUGCUGACUUGAUUGCAACCCACAUCUUUGUGGCCUCACAGCCUUUAGUUUAAAAAAAAAAAAAAAACCACCUAGCUCUUCAGGUUCUUACAAAAAGUGCUAUCACAAAUCGCACUGUUUAGUAGCUAUGCUGUCAAAACCUUGCAAGUGUAGCAUGUGUUGCUAUCAGACGCCAGAGUGGCUGAUUGGUUUUGAUUGAAUCGGCUUUUUUUUUUUUUUUUUUUUUAAAGAGCACACUAGACUGUUCAAUAGGAAAACACAUUUGUUUUUUGUAUAUACGCAUACUGUAUGUGGUUGCACCUGGGUUUGCUUGUACAUGUGUAUAUAUAUUUUGAUUUCUGGAGGGUUAGGGUCAUCGGUGUGUGUGCGUUUUCUCAGGUUUCUGGCCUCGAUUGAGGCUCAAUGCUACCUACCUCUGUCCAUCAGGCCUGGAAAACCUUAACUACUGUACCUUUCCUUACAGAAACUAGUUUGAUUUGAUUUACAGCUGUCCAUCUAACAGUGCAGUAUCUGCCUUCUCUUUCAUGUCACCUAAUAAGCUGAUUUCUUGUUUGCUUUUUAGUUCCAUGUACAGAUUAAUCCAGAGUAUAUUAUUUUGGGUGAAAUAAAGUACACAAAUGUUCAUAUAAUCGGUUGGUGUUUUUGCUUGUAGAUCACUUUUAAUGGAAAUUACUGUAAGCAGAUGUUACCUGGUUCAGUUGCCUUUUUUGGGAGACAUUCUUGUUUUGGGUCUUAAAAACAUGAAAUUUGAUCUGGAUAGAAAUGUUUAGUCUCAAGGUGAAAUAUUUAAUUUCUCUGAUGGUGCAAAGUUUUAUUUUUUUUAACACCCCCCCCCCCUUACAUGUUUCACUUGAGUCCUCAACAUCUUUGUAAAACACUUCUAUGCAUUUAUGAAUUGGCAGUGCAGCUUUUAUGUUUUAUUUCCAUCACAGAAUGUAUUCUUAAUCACAGAACAAACUGAAUGUCUUCAGGUUCUUAGUUUUUCCUGAGUAUGUAGUUGUUCCACUUGAGGGUCACAGCACACUCAUGUAGUUUAUAGCAUCCUGAUACAAGACCUGUAACCGCAAUACCACAGCUGACUCUAAAUUAAACUGCAUCCUAAAUAAGAUUUUGUUUUCUUCUUUUUACUUACGAAGUUAGAACCAAAUAUUUUUGAAGGCUGGCUCUCAAUCUAAUUCCAAGCUAGCACUUUAAAAAUCUGUAGCAUGUCAGCAAAUGUUUGGCUCUGCAGGUGUGUGUGUAUAAUGGGUGUGCAAUAUUAUUACUGAAUGGGCUGCAGAACUGAAGAGAACACUGAAGACACAAAAGCCUGUUUAAAAACAAUUUGCACUGCUAACAUUUUCUAGGUUACUUUUGUGGUUUUAAAAAAUUGGGCUUUAGCUUGAUGCAAAGUAAAUGUUGAAACUUUCUUUUGUAAGUGCAACACUGAGAUUUUCUAACCUGUAUAUCGGUGACAGUGCAUUUCUUUAGAGAACUAUGUGGUGUGUAAAUGGUGGAUUUCUGUGUGUACCAUGUUAAAGAUUUGUCGAUAUACUUUGCUCUGAUUCAUGUAAAGGCUACACUUCAAUUUCCUGUGUGGGGAUUUCAUGAAAUAAAGGUAGUGUU